CAAAGUGCUGAAUCUUUCAGAGAAGACAAGUGGAGAAACUCCCUCCUGUCUGCUCCUCCUCCUUCUCCUUCUGCUCCGGCCGUCUGUUCUCGCGCACCUCCGCCUACAGGACUCGGUCAGCUUGCGCUCCCGGUAAUGGAUAAGGAAUUUUGAGGGAAAGCCGAGUGCCCUAACUAGGACUGAAGAGCCCUCUCCUCUCCUCCGCUCUGCUCUUCCGUCAAACUCUCCGCGUCCACCUCCUCCUCCUCCUCCGCCCCGGGAAGUUUUCGGAGGCGGCGCGCGCCCGCGCUGCAACUUUGGCGAGGCACGAGCGCGGCACUUGGGCUGGCGCGUGCGGCUGCCGGGUCCACAGAGGAAGAGGGAAAAGAAGAGGAAGAAGUGAAUCGGACCAAACCAGAGAAAGAGGCGCUUUUCUUCGCAGGUGAUGCUUUUCUCGGGAACGUUGUCUCGCAGUGGAGAUGGUGAUGAGCCUUUGACACGGCCGGAGCUUUUGAUUCUCACAAUGGAGCGCAAAUGAGAGGCUUAUCUUCGCGGCUCUGCUAACAGCUCAGCGACAGGAUGCGGGAGAGGGAGCUGCGGAGCGUGGGUAGGAGAGUGCUACUGCUUGGCGUGUGUCUGCUGUCUUUGUGGGGGCAGCUGAGCCUGGCCUCCUCACACCGUAGCCACAUUGUGCACGUCAAGGCAGGAACCUGUGAGGUCAUAGCGGCGCACCGCUGCUGUAACAAGAACAAAAUCGAAGAGCGUUCCCAAACUGUCAAGUGCUCCUGCUUCCCCGGGCAGGUCGCCGGCACCACCCGAGCGGCCCCCUCCUGUGUGGACGCAUCUAUAGUAGCACAGAAAUGGUGGUGCCAGAUGCAGCCCUGUAUGGAAGGAGAAGAAUGUAAGGUGUUGCCGGAUCUCAAAGGGUGGAGCUGCAGCUCUGGGAACAAAGUGAAGACAACCAGGGUCACACGAUAGACUGGGAUCAGGAUAUUCAGGAUUCAUCAUCCUUUCCUCUGAUAACUUAGAUGGAGCUAAGACUGCUUGAGGACAGUGGAAAUCAUAUAUUUGGACUUCAGUGGAAUACUGACAUACAUAAAUGGAUAAACUCUGAGAAAAAGAACUCCUUUUGCCUUCCAUGGUCAGUUUUCCAAAUUCCAUCUAUGUUUUAUAACUAUUGGACAAGAACAUCCAUCAUGUAAAAUAUGUAUUCAACAAGAUAUUGACAUUGACUACAAAUCAAGAUAUGGAUUCGUCCAGAGAUACAGUGAGUGACGGUGCACACACUGCAGAACUAUGGAUUACUUUUUCCCCGUUUUUUUUUCUUUGUUUUUUUUUAAACCACAGUGGACUUCACACAGUCCACUGACCACGCUUGAAGUGUAUGUGUUCCAGAGGCACUUGUGUUCGGUUCUCCAUCCUUUGAUGCCAAUUUCUUUCUUCUUUUUUGGGAAGAUUUUGAUCUUUGUGAAGUGUUCAAUUUUAAGGAUGAUCCCAGAGCUUGUGUUUUAAAAUGAACUUGUGCCAUUGAAAGAAAAAUAAUUACAUUAAGAUAAAGUCUAAACUAUGGUGAUAGUGGUUGGAGUUUGGCAGUGGUUCACUGCACCAGUGAAAAUGAAUAUAGCUUUGCAAUCACAGAUUUGCUGUUUGUUUUUAAAACCUUGGUGACCGCUAUUGAGUAAAAGUGUAAGUAUUAUCUCAAAUAAAAGUAUCUCUAUGGGAAACCUCCACUCA